UAAAUAAACAAACAACGAGAGCAAAGAAAGAAGUGAAAAAGCCCGACAAGACUUAUCAGCAGCACAGGAAAUUUGUUGUUUGGACGAACGGCUCCUGUUAAUGAUGUUGCUUCUACAAACGUUGCAAGACUAAGUUUAAGGAUAAUAUGCAGAUAUCUUUGGAUAAUGCCGAGAGCAUGUUUGUUAGAAACAAGCACCAGGAAGUCCACAUUAGAUAAAGCAUUCAGCAAAGAACUGUUGAAUGGAGCAGUGUUUAUGUAGGCAACUCUGGUAGGUAACGAAUAGAUAAGCUGCAUUGACCUGUUAUAGAGAGUUAUACCGUUAUAUUCUUGUGUGUGUAAAAUUUAGUUUGAAACUAUGUUUCCCUAAUAAGAUUUUACUCAUUUCCACAUAUCUGAACACACUUAUAAGCAGGUAUCAUUGACUUAACUGUAGAUUAAUAGUGCAAACCAGUCCUUUAGCUGUAACAGUACCGUAGCCUAUUAUAAUCAUCUUAUACUCUUCAUAUUAAGAAAUAAUAGGCGAAACACUUAAAAAAAACUGGCAGAAUAGCUGCUGAUAUAAGUUUUAUUUUCAUUCCCCUACUUAUUAAAUUACAGUUACUUGUUCAGUCUUGCUGUUUUUACUUACUGGAUCAUUCUGUUAUGGCUGAGGAACCUGCAGCAGAAGUCCAGCUACUCAGACACCAAAAGGCAAAACUGAUCGAGAUUCUCAGUGCCGAUGCAGAUUUUGUUCUGCAGCAUGCAGACGCCCGCUCUCUGCUGUCUCCUCACGGCUACCAGCAGGUGAAAUCUUGCCGUGUCCCCAGUGAAAAGGUGACAGACCUUUUGGAUCAUAUCAUCCAAAGAGGUUCCAAAGCAGCACAAGGAAUGUUAGACCUGCUGAAGAAGCAGGACAUGCAAGAGACCUUUCCAAGGCUUUGUUUUGUUAAGGAUCUGCGAGUUGGGAUGUUGCCUUCAGGGGAAAAGGAAAUACCAAGUAAAAGAAAUGCUGCUUAUGAGUUGCAGGAUCUCAUUCCAGCCAAAAGGAUCUGCAACUUCAGCUGUGGCUUAGUGAAAGAGAAGCAGCUGAUGUCUGUGGCUCGUACCAUCGGCAGAUCUUGGAGGGAGAUUGGCAGACUGGCUCUGGACAUCCCGUCUGUGAAGCUGGAGCAGAUUGAAGAAGACCAUAAACUCCAUGUGGAGCGAGUCUUUGCCAUGCUGCGUUACUGGCGUACCUGCCAGAGAGAAAAAGCCACUGCUGCUCACCUGCAUUCCCUCCUUAGUCUUGAAGACUGGGCCUUGCCACCUGAAAAUAUUAACUUUUUGUUGGAGACUGACUGAGGCCUCCACAUUUUAUACCUACUGAGAGAUUACAGAGUUUCUCAUCACAAAAAAUAUCUGGGGGGAAAUGGCACUGAGGUUUGACCUCUUUAUUAAAAUACCCUAAUACGUCCAUUUGUAUAACUUUUUUUCAUGUCAUGUUUUUGCUGUCCUAAAAGUGUCACAAAUGUUUACUGGAAGAGCUUUUAUAAAAGAGCUUUACAUUUGUUAA